AUUCCCGUAGUGAAAAUUUCCACUUCAUUUAUCAAUAAAUAUAGAAGUUCGGACUUAUAACCUCUGCUGUUCAGUAUUGGCUGCACUCUGAAUCAACGUAAACUUUGUUCUUUGUCUGGGAGGAAACGAGGAGUGGGACAUUCCCGCCAAAAUAAUCCCAAAUGAGAUGAGCUUAUGGCAAAGAAACAAUUUUCUUCAUAUGCAAAUCAGUCCCAAAAAUUUUACUCUUAUCAAUCUACUUCAACUCUGCAGCAACUCCAAAUCGCUAAGCCAAGGCCAACAAGUUCACCAACAAAUCACAGUUUCUGGAUCACACUACGAUUCCUUCGUGGUCACCAAAUUGAUCCAAAUGUAUGCAGAUUGUGACGAUUUGACAUCAGCUUAUAAACUGUUUGAUAAAUUGCCACAACCAAAUGUUUUUACGUGGACUGCUAUUGUUGGGUUUUAUUUGAGACGUGGUAUGUAUGAGAAAUGUGUACAGAAUUAUGGGUUGAUGAAAUUUAGCGGUGUUUUGCCUGAUAACUAUGUAUUUCCAAAAGUCCUAAGAGCUUGCGCACACUUGUUGUGGUUGGAGGGGGGAACCUGGAUCCACAAAGACGUGAUUGUUUGUGGGUGCGAGUUCAAUUUGCAAGUUUGCAAUUCCUUGAUUGAUAUGUAUGCAAAAUGCGGAAAUGUUGGGAGCGCGAGGUGGGUUUUUGAGAGAAUGGGAGAGAGAGAUCUUUUGUCAUGGAAUUCGAUGAUGUCGGGCUAUGUGUAUAAUGGGUUGCUAGAUUCGGCUGUGGAGCUUUUAGGUUUCUUGAGAUUGAAUAGUUUUGAGCCUGAUGUUGUUACUUUGAAUACUUUAAUAGAUGCCUAUUGUAGAAUGGGUCUCUUUGAUGAAGCUUGGGGAGUGUUUAAACAGAUUGAAUAUCCCAAUAUCAUCUCGUGGACCACUUUGAUCUCAGGUUAUUCUAAGAUUGGAGAGCAUGAAAUAUCAUUACGGGUAUUCAGAGAUAUGGUUACUAGAGGAAUGGUCUCCCCUGAUUUAGAUUGUCUUUCUUGCGUCCUUGUCUCAUGCCGUCACCUUGGUGCUAUGAGGAGAGGGAAAGAACUUCAUGGUUAUGGGAUGAAAAUGGAAACUACAACUGCAUUUUAUGGUUCGGCUGGUGCUGCUUUGCUCAUAAUGUAUGCUAAAUGCAGGAGAAUUCAGGAUGCUAGAAAUGUAUUUGAACUGAUGGACAAAUCUGAUGUUGUUACUUGGAAUGCCAUGAUUCUUGGUUUUGUUGAACUAGAGUUGGGGCAAUUAGCACUUGAAUGUUUUAUUGAAAUGCAAAGAUUGGGUCUUAAGAAUGAUGAGACAACAAUAUCUACUAUUUUGCCUGUGUGUAGUUUGAAAUAUGGGAAUCAAAUUCAUGCUUACGUUAUGAAAAACCGCUAUCUCAAUUCAGUUGUUCCAGUUUGGAAUGCAGUGAUUCACAUGUACUGCAAAUGUGGAAGCAUUAGAUCUGCAUACUCUGUAUUUUCUGGCAUGGCCUUCAGAGACAUAGUUUCAUGGAACACAAUGAUUGGAGGAUUUGGCAUGCAUGGACAUGGCCAGGCUGCACUUGAACUUCAACAAGAAAUGAAUCAGUCAAGCCUUUGUCCUAAUUCUAUGACUUUCACUUCUUUACUAUCAGCUUGUAGUCAUUCAGGUCUAGUGGAUGAGGGGCUUAAACUCUUCCAGAGAAUGACUGAAGACUAUGCGUUAACCCCAAGAAUGGAACACUAUUCUUGUAUCGUUGACAUGCUAGCGCGCGCAGGUCAGUUUGCGGAUGCUGUGACAUUUAUUCAUAAAAUGCCUGUAGAGCCUGACAAGUCUAUUUGGGGAGCUUUACUAGCUGCCUGUCGGGAUUAUCAAAAUGUCGAAGUUGGGAAGCUGGCUGCUGAAAAUUUAAUCCACUUGGAACCUGAACAAGCAGGACACUAUGUAACAUUGUCAAAUAUAUAUGCAAGAGCUGGAAGAUGGGAUGAUGCUGUAAGGGUGAGAAAACAAAUGGAAAGCAGAGGACUUGUCAAGGCAUCAGGUCAAAGUUGGAUUGAAACUGUAAAUAUGGAAAUUGCAAAUCACAACUUUCAAUGAUUUUCUAAAGCAGUAAUACCAUAUGGCUCGUUUGAGGGCCAGCUUCAAAUCAGUGAGCUUGUAAAUAAGAGAAUGCCCCGCAUUCCAAAAGAGUGUGACUCAUCGGACAAGUUGAAUCCCUUAGAGUUUAGACACACUUUCGGACACAUUUUCUUCACCUGUCCUAGAGGCUAGAGCUUUGGAGGUUGGGCUACAUUUUCCUUUAUGCCUGCGUUCCACUUAAGUACAGAGUCUGAGCAUGCAAGAUAUACGGGAAGAAAUAACUUUACAGCUGCUUCAGCAGGAUCGGGGGUAAGAAUUUAUUGUUUUAAUUGUUUUCCUGCGAUGGCACAUUUGGGAGAGGCGGAACCAGCUUUCUUUUAAUCAUUAUUCAACUCCAUUCCAAGGGACAAUAGCUACAGCUAUCAACUAUUGUGAGGAAUUCAAGCAUAGUGCGGAUGGAAAUGCAGGAGGUAUAAUGGCCUUUUUGAUGCCCUUACUCUUGAAUCUCUUGCAUGCCGAGAGGCAAUCCUACUUGUGGCAAAGAAGGGUUUUCAUCAGAUAAUUCUUGAAGGGGAUUGUCAAACAGUGAUCAGAGUUCUUCAGGGUGAUUCGACUCGGCUGGAAGUCCAGGAUGUCAUCAAUGAUGUCAAACUCAUUGCUGCAUCUCGACAAUAUAUCCUUCUCCUUUGUAUAGAGAAGGAAGUAGAGCCCAUAGUCUAGCAUCUAAAUUCAUUAAUAAACUCA